AUGCCUGGUUAUCUGCUCUCUACUGCUGAGUUGGAAAGGAGUGGCUCAAAAUAUAUGUGUAAUUCCUGUGGUUUGUUAUUGAGAGAUGCUAUGCAAACUAGAUGUGGCCACUUUUACUGCCUAUCUUGUCUUCCAAGUCUAGUUAAAAAUGGAUCUCCUGUUAUGAUUUGUUUACAAGACCAAGCAGAGUUUCUCUCUAGUGAGGUUUUUCCUGAUAAGUUCAUGCGACGUGAAGUUCAGGCUUUUGUUGUUCAUUGCACUUUCGAGGAUGAGGGAUGUAUUUGGAAAGGUGAAGUGAGACAUCUCGAGAGUCACCUGAAUAUCUGUGAGUUCCUUAAAAUUCCCUGUGUACAUCCUGAGUGUGGCGCACAAGUUAAGAAAUCAGAUCUUACUGAACACUUGGAGAAGGAGUGCAAGUGCAGGCUCAAAGCAUGUGGAUUCUGCAAGAAACAAAUCAAACUAAACAUUAUGGAGCGUCACCAUGAGACAGAUUGCCCUGCAUAUCCAGUUUUAUGUCAAAAAUGUGGCAAAGAUCGUAUUCCCAGAGCAAAGUUAUCACAACAUCAAGAUCAAGUCAUGGGAGACUGUGAUAGUGUAAAUGGACCGUGCCCAUUUUCAAAGAUUGGUUGCCCUACGACUGAGGUCCUCACCCAAAAACAGAAGAAGGAGCACCUGGAGAAACACAAUACACUCCACACUACCUUAAUUUUACAUCAUGCCGUGCGUUUAAGCAAAGAAUUUGAAGCACUCGUAGAGAGAGAUCCCAGAAUCAUGUCUAGAAAUCCACACUUAGUUUCAAAUUACGACAGUGUGAUUGCAGACCUUCUCACUCAAAUUCAAACUCAGGCGGGUGAAACGAGGAAUUUACGUGAAAAAUGCCAAGAACAUAGCGAGAGAAUCACCGCCUUGGAAAGAAAAGUGGUCUCAGGAAAUCUGUCAAGUGCCGCUAGUGCUGCCCAAAUACCUGCCGGGUCCGAUGGUGGUACACAAAACCCUGAAAUUAUACGAAGGGUUACUAAUGUUGAAAACCGGACCGCUGACCAUGAAGUUCUUCUGGUUGAGAACAAUCGUACAAUGGAGGAAGUUAGACGUGACGUGGGCAAUAUCAAAAGGCAACUUGACACCACCCAGGAGAGUACCAGAAGGCAUGACAGAAGGAUUGAAUCUAUAGAGCACACGCUGGCACUCAGAAAUGUAACCCUGGCUGACUUGGAGGAAUACGUAAAGCAGCAAGAGUUCUCAAGCUACGAUGGCCAGCUGUUGUGGAAGAUUCCUGAUUAUGCUCGCAAACGAAAUGAUGCAGUGACAGGCCAGCAAGUCUCUUUCUAUAGCCCUUGCUUUUACACCAGUCGUUAUGGCUACAAAAUGUGUGCCCGCAUUUACCUGAACGGGGAUGGAAUGGGAAAAGGAACGCACAUCUCGAUCUUCUUUGUGGUCAUGCGCGGUCAGUAUGACGCGCUGCUCCGCUGGCCAUUCAGACAGAAGGUUACCUUUAUGUUGCUGGACCAGGAUAACGUGGAACACGUGAUUGACGCCUUUAGACCUGAUCCGAACAGCUCAUCUUUCCAGAGGCCAAGAAGAGAAACGAACAUCGCCAGUGGGUGCCCAAUGUUCUGCUCGCUUGCUGAGCUGAAUAAUCACGCAUAUGUCAGGGACGACGCCAUGUUCCUGAAAAUAAUUGUGGAUAUUUCUGAUCUGUGAAGGGGAACUUUGAGUUGCGGUUUGUCAUUUCUUUUGAAAUUACCUCCUUUUUUCAUUUUUAAUUUACCAUUGCUCUGACAUAGCUUGUACAUGCUGCAUAAGUGAUACAUGGCAGUUGUUAUCGUUUGUUUUGUACCUGAAGUGACGAGCAUUUUCUUCGUUUAGCAGGACAGUUUAAAUUUUGAUUUGAUGUUCUGAUCUCAGUGUGAUGUAAAGUUUGUUGUUUGUCAUCAGCUUGCUCCGUGACAAGCCGUCUUAAUAUUAUACCUUUACCCUCACCCACGAUCGAUUACAGUGUAAGUUCUAUGUUCGGCAUGAAGCGCUAUGCAGAGCUAUGGUAAAUAGUAUUGUUUUGUCUCCAUCUCAAUUAUAAGUCAUGAGAUUUUUUCUGGAUUUUAUAAUUUAUGAUGAUAUUGCUAUGCGAUUGAUGUAGGUGCAAUGUUUUUCUAAAACGGGUAAUUCGGUAGCUAUUUCCUUUAGCGAAUGAGGUAUAGUGCAAAUGAGUAAACGUAAAUCGGAGUGACAUAUGCUAAAGUUGACGAUUUAACUAUUUUUCCUACGUUUGGUUGAUUUCGAUUUUUGCAGUUUUGCGGUUGAGAUUGAUUAAAACCAUAACAAUUUUUGUGUAACUGCUAUUAAGUGCUCAGUAUCUACACACUAGUUAGUUUGUUGUCCACGUUAAGUAUUGCUUAGUUAAUAACCUUACGCAUGGAGAAUAACAAUUUUGGUUUAUAUUGUGUGAGUUGCCUUAUGCGCCCACUGAGGCUCAGUCCGUUUCCGAUGGCGAUGAAGAAUGAUCAGUUUUGAAUCAACGAAAAUAAAACGAGUGUUUAGCUUCGGUAAAACAAAUUUUGAUCAAGAAAAAACGCAAGCAUACAGUGUAGGCAAUGUUCUCUUCUGUUUUUAUGUUGUGGAAUGCCUUUCCGUGAUGCGUCGAGAAUUCAGACUUAAGCUGGACUUCGGCGCCAUUGAUACAAUCUCUUAAAUAUAUUUUUAAAGAAGGUUUUACCAUUCUUGGAAGUUGAUUUUGAAGCAUGCAAGGAGUGUGAAGUCACGUCUGCAGGCAUCUCCUUGAACGAUUGUAGUGCAUUCGAUUUUCCUUUAAGACUAUCUAACACUUCAGCUUCGUUACGAGAGCUGACUAUUAUGGCGGUCUCAGUCACGAGGAAAAUUUUCGUUAUCUUUCGAAAGUGGUUGCUUGAGAUGGUCAAUCAGAGAAUUUGCAGUGUCUUUUUUUGGUGUCUUUUGUGCUGACCUCCUCGCGGUAGACACUGGAAACGCUUUUUGCCGGUUGUUAGGUAGGGGUUUUUUUGUGAUUCUUUUUUCGCGCAAAGCAAAAACAAGUAAAGACCUGGGAAAAACUGCCAGUGAUAAAUUGUCUGCUGGAUCACAGACAUAAGUUCGUUAAACUGAGGGAAAAACUGUGGAAAAUUAUUCACUAACCCCAUUCGUCCUUAUGUAUUUUGGAAAAUCAUUGUAAGUUUUAGCUACAGGGAAGAUCUUUUCGACAUGAAACCAACUUGAAGAGAGUUUUCCUUAUGUGAUCGGAGCAUUUGAGAUAAAAAACAGUUUGUUUUUGUGAGUGAAUCGAGCUCAAGGGGCCGGGUGGGUUUCUUUUUCUGCUAGAUGUCAUCUGCAAUAAAGCGGCUAACAGCGCACAUUUGGGGAGCAAUGCAUGCGUGGGUUGUCGAGGGUUGCCAUCAAGUCGAACGUAAAGUUAUAUCAUUCCACAACAUAAAACAGAAUGGGCCACCUUCUCUCAGAGCGUAUCUUUUUUUUGAUUUCUUGAAGGGGCCAGUUACUAUCUAUGCACGCAAAUAGACU